UCAAAUGAUUUUAUUGUCAGUAGUUUUAAAGCCAAAGCUCGAAAGCUAAAUCCUAUUCCCACUGCUUUCGUCUUCUUUCUUUUUCUUCUAUAUAUAGCCAUUGCUUUAUAAUCUUUCUCAAUCUCUUUAUACACAUAGCAUGCAAGUUAUGGCUUUUUCUCCUACAGGGUUGUUGAGUUUGGUUGUGUUCAUGGUCUUGGUGGUGGAGCCUCAUCCAGCCUAUAGCUCGAGCCGUGGUGGUUGGUUUGGCCGAAACCAAGGUGCAGCCACUCCACUAGUCAAUGGGAUAUGCGCCGCCUCGGUCACUAUCCAUGGUUACAAAUGUGAGGAACACCAAGUGAAAACCCAAGAUGGAUAUAUCUUGAACAUGCAAAGAAUCCCAGAGGGACGUAUAGGUGGGAAUAGUAGUGGAAACAAGAAGCAGCCGGUGUUAAUACAACAUGGUGUACUUGUGGAUGGAAUGACGUGGCUCCUGAAUUCACCUCAGCAAAAUCUACCAAUGAUUUUGGCUGAAAAUGGCUUUGAUGUUUGGCUAGCCAACACUAGAGGUACUAGAUUUUGCAGACACCAUGUUUCCCUUCAACCUUCCCAAUCGGAAUUCUGGGACUGGUCAUGGGACGAGUUGGUGAGUUAUGAUCUACCUGCAGUUUUUGACUUUGUGUUCAACCACACAGCCCAGAAGAUUCAUUACAUUGGCCAUUCCCUGGGAACUCUUAUAGGUUUGGCGUCAUUCUCAGAGGGACAUCAAGAAGAUCAGCUGAAAUCUGCAGCAUUUUUAAGUCCAGUUGCAUACUUGACCCAUAUGAAGACUGCACUUGGGGUCGUUGCUGCCAGAGCCUUUGUUGGUGAGAUCACUACAUUGUUUGGAGUAGCUGAAUUCAAUCCAAAAGGACAACAGGCAUCAAUCUUUCUCAAGGCUUUGUGCAAUUAUCCAGGAGUUGACUGCUAUGAUCUGGUGACUGCAAUUACAGGUAAAAAUUGCUGUCUCAAUGCUUCCACGGUUGACCUAUUCCUACAAAAUGAGCCUCAAUCCACAGCAACCAAAAACAUGGUGCAUUUAGCUCAGACCGUUCGAGAUGGGGUUAUCGCAAAAUAUAACUACGGGAGACCGGAUUAUAACCUGAUGCAUUACGGAGAAGCCAGGCCACCAAUUUACAACAUCUCAAACAUACCUAAAGACCUUCCCAUAUUCAUUAGCUAUGGAGGCCAAGAUGCACUGUCAGACGUUGAAGAUGUAGGGCAGUUGCUUGAUAAUCUAAAGUAUCAUGAUGUCAACAAGCUGUCGAUUCAGUACAUCAAGGAUUAUGCUCAUGCGGAUUUCAUAAUGGGAGUAAAUGCCAAGGAUAUUGUGUAUAAUCAAGUUGUUAGCUUCUUUAAAAACCAGCAAUGAGGCCCCUCAAGUUUAUGUAAUGCAACUUGUAAACUAUCACUCUUUUCCUCACCUAAUAAAUCCUUUAGUACAAAAAUAGCUAGGGUUCAGAAUAUCAUUUCUACUUGGUGUUUGGAAAAAGUGGAGUUGCUAGGAAUGAUACUUAAUAAGAGGGCAUCGAAGUUUAUC